AUGUCACAUGCUGCAAUGGAGUUGCCAUACUGCGAUCCAAUAAUGGCUGCAACAGAAGAAUCAUCACAUGCACAAACGCAAAAUAUGCAUAAUAGGCCUACCCAAGAAAACACCUUCAUCAACAGAUACUGUAAAAUGAAGCAUCUUAUGAAUGAAGAAGACUUAAAUUUCUGCAGAAGAAAAUCCUUCUAUGCUUGA